AUGGUCAAACGCGCACUUAAAUCAUUUUCAAAUACAAACCCCAAAUGUCAAGAGCGUGAGCGAGAGGUAACUGAGUCACUUAGAGAAACAGGAAAGUAUGAGAAAACAAAGUUGUUUUUAGUUUAUUCAUGUCUUCGCUAUGUAAAACAAAUACUGAAAGUAAACCAGCUAUGGACCACAGGAACUAAAAGUAAUGAAGCAUUCGCAUUAGUGAAUUACAGCAUGGCUGGCAAGAUUGUGUUUCUUUUCAAAAAAAUUCAACCUAUUGAAGCUUCUUUAUUCCGGGAAAUGAUGGCAAUAUUGCAACAAGUGCGUCACCAUAUCCAACAGGAUCUGUAA